UCUCUGGGGACCUGGCCUGAGCCCGGAGCCCGCCCGCCCGCCGGCCGCUUCCAGAAUCCGGCACCGGCGUUGCCAUGGGCUCCUCGGCCCUCCAGAAGGUGCUUCUGAUUUCCUGCGUCGUGCUUUGCUGCUCCAUCGUCUUCCCCAAAGUCUUCGUUUUUCGAUCGAUGAAGGAUCAGCCACGGCCGCAGGAGGCAAGAUCUAAUCGACCAUCUCCCAUGGCACAGCACCCAAUGGUCUCAAAAUCCAAGCAGCAAUGGUCAGCACGUCCCCAUCUCCCCAAGUCCCACCAGACUGACUCAAUUGCCAAAGCAAAGGGUGGAAAUGCUGGAGGUGGUAACAAAGGUUUUAUAGCCCGGAUCAUACCUGUGUAUGGAUUUGGAUUGGUUAUGUACAUUUUGUACAUCCUUUUUAAGAUCUCAUCCAAAGGUGUCAGCCAGAAUCCUAAAACAGGAAAGAGGUGUGCAGGCACCCAACUUGGAAGCAGGAAGCGUAAAAUUACUGAUUACGAACUGGCUCAGCUUCAAGCAAAGCUGCAAGAGACUGAAGUGGCCAUGAAGCAAAUAGCGUUGAAAAUGGGAAAUGGAUCAGACAAGUUUACAAAUGAUACCAGGGAACAGGAAGAAAAUUUACUGAGACAAUUGAAUGAAAUCACCAGAGUCAUGAAAGAGCAGAAAUUCAUUGAAGGCAUAGGUCCUGAGAAAGAAACAGAGGAACCCCCUUGCAUGGAGCAAACUGAAGGUUAUCUUGAGGAGACAGCCCAAUCCAGAUGCAGUUGCCAGCAUGACUCUGAUUAUUCUGAGUCCAGUCAGCUUUCUGGUGAGGAGGUGGAAGACAAAAUAGAAGACAAGUGGUUGUCCAACAAAACUACAGAUGAUGAAAUAAGACACCGUCAAAAAUGCCAUGGAGUAAACCAUCAGAAAGGUGCACAAGUUGGCCCAGGUGUGAGUGCUAAUGAUAUUAAGGGGAAAGGUCUCCACCGUGAAGACUCCAAGUAUCUUGUCAGUGAAAAUGAUAACUCGGCUGUUACACCAGACAUCAGCUCUGAGAACGACUGUAAUGUGGGUGGCCAAAUUAGAGAUGAAUCUAGUCUGGACCAUUAUGCCAGUGAACUACAGCCUGUAAUCAUGUACAAUAAUGAAGAUGUACUGCGAAAGCGCAACAAGAUGGCAAUAGAAUAACUAGUCUGAAAAUCAUCAUAAAGAUAAUUAAUCUUUGGAAUAUAUUAUUCAGACCAUAUCAGAUAUUUUAGUAUUGGGUACUUUCUCACAUUACUCUUGUCCUCUCCAUGAUUGCUAGGGUUGUUUAGAUUGCCACAUUUUUAAAAAAAAACUAACUGACUUCUCUCUUUACUUUUCCAUUAUCAAUGUCCCCUUCUCAUUAAUGGCAAGGUCUUCAUAAUGAUUGCGUAAAUGAAGAACAAAUGUGUAAUAUUUACACCCUUGGUUAAAAUUGCAACUUAAAGCAUGAAUGCACUGUGAUCCCUGGCACCCUUCAUCUUCCGUCAGGUUUGCAGCUCCACCAUCCAGCUGAUCCAUCAGCUGUUCUCUCACAUGCCUAUCAGCUCCAAUCACCUCAUACCAGGAACAAUAUAGUGAACCUACAGACCCACAUUUCUUGGAGGAAGGAAACUAGAUCACCUGAGGGGAAUACAUAGUCAUGGGGAGAACUGCAAACUCUAUGUGGGCAGAUAUAUGGUCAUUUCCCUGGAACUGUGAGACAGCAACCUCAACACUGUAUCACCAUGCUGAUGUCCCAGAUUAACCCAAAUACCAUUCUGAAAAUAUCUUCAACCUUUUGUUAGUACAGAUACAGCAGCAGCAUUAUUCUAUCAGUCAUAUUUCAGCAAUCCAUCAGUUAACAAAUUGGACAGUCUGAAAGUCUGUCUAACCUACAUCACUGUUGUCUGAUCACGAACAAGAGAAAAUCCGUAGAUGCCGGAAAUCCAAGUAACACACACAAAAUGCUGGAGGA